AUGCGAUAUGCCUAUACCAUGGUGGCAGGAGCGCCAGCUGGCAGUCCCAACCUCAUGGUUUCGCUGUGUUUGGUUGUCGUAGUUCUAGCCGACCAGAGCUCACACGUCAGCAUCAGCAUCGGCGGUGCUCCUGCUGUCUGCCAUCAUAGCUCCCCUCACCACGCACGGCCUUCCCGUGCAACACUUCGAGAAACUUCUCUCCCUCUAUGCUGGGAGAAGAGCACCGAGUUGUCUGUGGAGCAACCAAACACCCUGGAAAAGGAAACUUACUUGUGCCCAUCAGAGACCGCUUACGUCAGGCCCCUUCGUGCCAAGAACACCGAGGACAAAUGGCGUGUCAUCAUUGUAAAUAAUGUCGUUGCCCAUUAUCAGACUCUUACUCAGACUACACGCAUCGAAGAGUGUCUCACUUCCGCCGAUGCAUGUCCUCUGAUGCCUGACUGCUACGAGUCCAAAUGUCUGCAGAAGUCCAUCUACCACCGUUUCCUCGUCUACGACCCCUAUGAUCAGUACUUCCCCUUCGCCAUCGAGACAUUCAAGCUUCCCGCCAGCUGUGCUUGUCUCUUGGGGGCCUACACCAUCGAUCACUUGUCUCCAAACCACUGA